GAAAAUCACGAUCUCCUGGAUCGUUGGCAUCGGGAUACAGCCUAUCGAUUGAUGGUGGAUCAUAGCCGCGCUCUGGCUCACGCUCUCUCCGACGGUCUCGUACCCGGACGUCAAGGUCUCGGGUUAAAGCUGCGUCAGUUGAUUCAUCGUGCAGCAAGAGCCUCGGUCCUGACGGGCUUGGAUCCUCUGAAACAGUCGUGUUCCGUGCUAGGUGGUCUGGUGGCUGAGGUAGCACGAACAAAUCAACUGGCCGUGCCAUCUGCGAUGCCUCUCCUGCAAGGUCCCAGCGCACGAUUUCCGAGUCGACUGUCGUAUGAAGAGAUGGAAGCUUUGGUAACGAAAGAGGUACUCGCAUUUUUACCCAGAUUGGAAGGUCUAGAGGAAGCCUUCAAUCGAUGUCUGGACGAAAAUCCCGAAGCCACACGCCUCUCCCGGAAUCCUACCUCUUCUUCCAGUACAUCAUCAUUGUCCAGUGGAAAAACCUCGCGAUCAGAUCCCUCUGCGGCGAUGGUGUAUCAGUUGCAACGAGCUAAUUGUGUGCCCACUGAUGACAGUGACAAGUACCGAUGCCAUCGAGUCAAUACAUCCACUGACUCAGCCUCCAGCUACGGUGAGUCUUGA